UGGUGGCAAGAUGGGUGAAAGAAAGCGGGAGAAAUUGAACUGGUAAAUGUAUAGAAAAAAUAUUGAAAAUAGUCUUGUGAUGUUGAUUUGAUGAAUUGGCAGGUUUUCCACCUAACAAGAACGCUCUAAUACUGGACAAAGUGAAUAGAGUUAGUAGCUGUCACUGCGCCGGCUGCCUGUCUCUGUGUCCUCCCGCAGCCUUUGAGAGCUGCUCCAGUGGCUGGACGGCACCCUGGCACCCUCUGAAUACAUGGAUGAACACUGGCUCUACAGGGGAUCUGCGCCUUCUUGUCCUUUGCACCUCUGAUCUGUUUCUCAAGAAAAUAUGGUGAGCAAAGAAGACGCCAACUACAUUGUUCUUUCAAACUCGGAUGACUCAGAUUCGGAUACAGGCCCUUCUCACAGCCUUGAUGCACAGUCUGAAUCAGGCAAGCCACAGGUGAAGAAGAGAAACAAAGCUUUACAAGUUCGUUUUAAGGAUAUCUGUGAGGCUCAGAAUGAGUUUCGGGGAAAACGCUCCAGAUCCAUUUCCUGCAAAGUGACACACAGAAAGUAUAUGACCAUGCCCGCCAGACGCUCUAUUCCUAACGUGACCAAGAGCACCGGAGUGCAGACUUCGCCGGACCUCACUAAGCGAUACAAGACUUUUCCUUUUGAGAGGAAAAAAGGACAUACAUUUAAACACACUGCUUUGGUAGAAGAUUAUAAAGGACAAAAUAAUGGUUUUCUGAGCGAUAUUAAGACAGGAGUAGAUGAUGGACAACCCAUUGGUGAGUCAUCAAAGUACAAGGGUAAGAUUGUGGGACAAACAAAAGCAUUGCUUCACCACACUGAUGACAGCAGUGAUACAGAGGACUUGCUUUCCAGUGCCAACUGUGUGGAUGGACCCUCUUGUCCUGACUCUUCACAUUUCUCGGAAGAGUGCCAUCAGGGUAGCCCUCCUUCAAAAAGAGAAGCAGAGUACCAGGGUUGUGGGACGAGGACCAAACACAAAGGAUUACCCAAAGAAGAUACGGACGCUGGCACUUCCUCAAAGCGCCAGCUUGCUUACUCUGAGUUUUCCCAGGACAAGUCGAGGGGAACUGGCCCUGUUGCGUGGAACUCUUUGACACAAGUGGAGUCUUUAGGAAGCCCGUCUGUGAGCUGUAAACGGAAAAAGGGUGCACAGCUAAACGAACAGCAGUCACAGACACUUCCCCAUAGUGCCAAAUGUUCAGUUCAGUCACAAGGGCAGUGUCGGACCAGGCAUGCAUCAGCCUCCUCUAAACUUCAGCAAACAGUCGGGGCGGACGAGGGCUUUCCUCCAAGAGACACACGAGCCCCAGGCAUGCGGAGCAGCCAGCAGAUAAUGCCCUUAUCUGAAGACAAGGAUAUCAAAGUGCAGCUGCAGGCGAUGGAGAGCCUCAUCAACUCGAGCCAGGAGACCAUCAAGGUGCUACUUGGAGUUAUUCAGGAGCUGGAGAAGGGUGAAGCGCAGAGAGGAGGGCUCACCUACCGAACAGGACAAGACACAGCAAAUUGUGACACUUGUCGAAACAGCGCAUGCAUCAUUUACAGUGUGGAGCUGGACUUUAAGCUGCAGGAGGAUAAACUACAGCCCCUGAUUAAGAGACUUUACCCUCUGGAUAGCCAACAAUGUCCCGCUCUGCCUUACUCCAAUGAAGUGUUCACAUCCACCCCCAAGCGCAAGUCCAAGACAGAAUCCAAAAAGCAUUCUCGUUGGAAACUUUGGUUCCUUUGAAUAAAACAUGAAGGCUCUGGAAACAGCCUUUUUGUUGGGCACAUUAAUACCCCUGUUGUUCUCUGAAUGGAUGAGGGAAUAUUCAGUGGGAAUAAUCAACACAUGAGGAUUCAUAAGGACAGAAACCAGUUCAUUUGGGGAUCUCAGUUGAGACUGCACAUUAUGUCAGCUAGGGGACAGCAGAGACAAAUAACAUUUUAAGUUCUGCCAAACCUUUUCCUGGCAUGUUCGCUGAAGAGGAUUGGACACACCUGCAAAAAACUAGAGCAUAUUGCUUGGCCACAACAGGAGGCGCCAUGUGGAGGGCCUUUUUUAAGUGAAGCUAUAACCUUUUGAAUGGACAUCAGCCCCACCUCCGGCAAAGCACAAACAUUUGACUAUUGAGAGGAAAAUGCGUCAAAGACUGAAAUGCCAUACAGUACAUUGCAGUGUGUCAGAGCUGUUCUUAUUACCCUGUCUCUUCUCUCCUCUUCCUCCUUUUCUCUUGCUCAGUUCGUCUGUCCAACUGAAUGUCUGCCUGCAUUUGUUAAUAAGCCCUGUUUCCUCCGUCUCUUUCAAUCUUUGUCCCCUUAUCUUUCUCUGCCUUUCUAUCUUUAUCUCCAUUUAGCUCACUGUGCAACUAAACAACUAGCCAGCCAACUUUGCCUCAGUCAUCCCGUCCUUUUCUGCUGGCUACACUGACACGUGAUGAUCAGAAUCUAUAUUUUAGAAUAUCUGCUUGUUUUUAGCAAAGUAUAGUGAAGUGACAUUUUAAAAUGUAUGAGCAGCUGCUCUUGAAGAAGGUCAAAUUGUGGAAAAAAGGUAUCUUGGGUGAGGUCACAUUUUUAACAACAUAUAUAUAAUGUUUUGAAUAAUUCCAAGGCAGAAUAUUUUCUAUUAUACCUGAGAAAGUGUCUGGAUUUUUUCUUGAAUUUCAAACAAAAAGUAAAGGCUAUUUUGACAUUUC